AUGAGAGUUUUGUUGGAUUUCUUCAAUGCCCUUGCUACAAGUUUCCUGGCAUGUCGUGGUCUACCCGAUCUAUUUGAAGACACGACACCGAGCGUUAUCGAAUUUAAGACAUUUCAGUUUAUUCCUGAAGAAAAAGUGGUCAAAGUGAUUAGUUAUACAUAUCCGGAUAGAGCUGAAGUUGUGUAAGCUGGUUUUUAAACCUUAAAAAAUGGUCGAGUUGCAAUAAAAUGACCUUUAAAACGUCCAUUAUACUUGUAAUUCUAGCGCCGAUUUUUAUAUGGAUUUUUCGGCUUCAGAAGAUGUCCUUGAUGUGGUGAUUUUUUACCACGAAGAUUUAAAUUUUCGUGGUGGCUUCGUUAGCAAAAGGAUAAAUGAAGCUGAAAUGUAAGCUACGAGCUAUUGAUUAGUCAUCAAUUUCCACCUUCCAGUGUCUGCCGAUUCUACGGCGUCGAUUACAAUUCUUCCCAAGACGAUUUAUUCUGCAAACAAAAUGGAGUCUAUCAAAUGCUCGGCCAAGACUUUCUCUUCAUUCCAGAAGACUCCAACGCAUCUGCUUAUUUAUAUUCCUAUAAUCAUGCACCAAUCAACAAAGGAAGACAGCUUGGGAUCCAGCAACCAUUGGCAGUUGAUAAUGAGCACAGUACGCUGAUCUUUAAACAUAAAAAUCAUGAUUGCCGAGAGCUCAAAUUUGAUGAAGAAUGGGUUUAUGAGCAAUGCAAGAGCAGGCCGAUUACCGUGGAAUCGAAUGGAAAAUCAGCUUGGAUUUCAAUGGUAAGGUUAACAUAAAUCAAAAGGAAGUGGAGCUUUAAAUCAACGUUCAAUCUUUUUUUGGCUCACAUUUAUUUUUCAGGCCUACAUCAAGAGGGUAUCUCCUUGCAAUUUGCACGACGGUGUGCUGGUCAAGGACACGUAUGUUCGAUUUGUCUUCUCGGAGGAUUUGAAAACGUAUGAAACAAGUUUUUUGCGGCACCUUGAAUCUGAUAUUUUAGAGAAAAGAAUAACAUAAUUAUCAUCGUCCUCGCUUCCACUGCUGGAAUACUGCUGCUUAUCUUAAUCCUGGCUGCUGGUCUUUUCCUUGGCAAGAUUAGAAAAGUAAUCUUUUUUAAAACUCUGUUCAAAAUAUGUCGUUUUUUUACGACUGUUUGAUCAAAUGGAAUCUUCAGGACAAGAAAUCGGAGCGGCUGAGAACAGCACCAACCAAGACAACUUUUGUGGAAGAGAACUCAACAAAUCAGACGGAAAUGAACUCCACAAAUCAGACGGAGAGUUAUAACAAAUCGACUGGACAGAAUAGUUCUAGCAAUACCAGCCGCAAGAAAGAGAAGGAAAGUAAGGUCAGCAGGAGCGGUAGAAAUAACACGAAGUCGUCGAAUACUCAAAACACUCCCAAAAAGAUGAUAAAUCAAGAGUUGCCCCCAAAUAAGCCGGUAAAUUCGAAAAAUGUCAAGGACGCUUCGAAAAAGAGCAUGGCCAAGAAAAAGAAGGUAAGUCGGCCGGUUAAUACAGUUCUGGAAGUUGGAUUUCGAUAUAAUUUUGCAGAUAGAUCAAGGGUUGUCCCAAAAACUAUUUUUGAAAAUCUUGGCUCGGGCUUACGGUAGAGAUAUUUAUAUUUAACAGGGGAAGUACUCCAAGUGCGACGCUCAGAUUUUGAUGAAACUUGGUACAAAUUUAGAUUAAUUUUUUCUAAGAUAUAUGCGAGAAUCCUAGCUCGCUCUUUGCAGAAACAACCGAAAUUUUUAGAUCGAAAGUCGGCGAAAAUUUAGGACUUUUUACCGAAUUUCGGCACGAAAAGUUUCAUGCCUAUUUCUAUCGUAAAAGAUAAUGUUUCCACAAAAAAUCAAAUUUUUCCGCACGAAACUGCCAAAGUUAUGGCGAAAAAGCGUUUUUCUCUUUGACCCCUCUCCACGUUUUGCGUGCUCUCUUGGCGGCAAAAAAAUUUUUGCAUAAAAAUUUAUUUAAAAGUACCAAAAAAUUUUUUGCCAUCUAAACUUUUAAUUUCAGGCUGGCAGUAAGAGCCGAUCUACGACAUUGAAGCCGCUCAAGAAAAAUAAGAAGGCUUCCAAUUCAUCUAAACAUGAUUCAGUGCCGACGGCCUUGCCAACUUCUAAUGAUUACAUAACCCCGAGAAAGGAGCAACUCAGCAAAGAAUAUCAAGAAAUGGAAGCCCCAACGAAGGAGAGCGCCAGAAUGAGCACCAAAAUGAUGAGUAAAAAUGAUGGGAAAGCGGGUGAGUUUUGUGGGUUUACAGAGUUAUGAUUUGGGGGAAAUAAACGGAUUUUUUUAUCAUUUUUUUUUCAGAUGAGUUCGUCUCCAUGUCUUUGCCGAAACACCGCAAGAAAAAGGAAAGUGCAAAGAUGGACGCCAUGCCGUCCACUUCUGCAAAAACAAAGCCAAAGAAUUUCGAAUAA